AAUUAGUCGCUGGAACAGAAGAUCUUCGCGGGAUAAUGAGAGUAAUUAUUGUGCGUGGCGAAGAACUGGAAGAAUCGGAGUGGUGAGUGGGUGAAACGGAAUUUGGAUUCUAAAGAGCUCGCGAAAAGUUAGAUGCCAAGACCAUGCCCCGCAAACGCCGCCAACCCACCCCCAACACCAGCGACUCCGACUCCGAAGACGAGUACGGCGAGCCGAGGCGACCGCAGCGCAACGCGGCCAACGAGCGCGAGCGUGCGCGCAUGCGCGUGCUCAGCAAGGCCUUCUGCCGGCUGAAGACGACGCUGCCGUGGGUGCCGGCCGACACGAAGCUGUCGAAGCUGGACACACUGCGGCUGGCCACCAGCUACAUAGCCCACCUGCGCUCCGUUCUGCUCGACCAGCCAGUGACGAACGAUCUGUAUAGGAAGCAUCCACUCACCUUGACGUGGCCCUUCAGCUUCCAGAAGGCGGAGACAGCGCACCCGGCGACAGGACCGGACUGCCCCGAAGGGCCCCUGCUCUGGGACCAGGAGGGCCUCUGCCAGCAGCAGCACUCCAGGUCGAGCGGGUCGGUGGCGGAUCACGAGAUGGCUUAUUAUUUCUGAGUACGACUCAGUGGGGCCCCUUUUCCUCAUCUAAUAAGGAUAUUCAUCAGUGCCCGUCUACACCUUUCCCAGAUGUAUUUCAGAA